AGUGAACAGAGGCAGCUCCCAGUCCGGAGCCGGCGCUCCAGGCAGCGGGUGCGGCGGCCAAAGGCAGCGGAGGCGGAGGCGGAGGCGGCGGCGGCCAAAGGCACCGGAGACGACGAUAGGAGCCGUGCUGGUGGCCGGGAGGGGGGCGGUGCUGGAGGACACACAUACACCCUUCUCUCCAAGUCCCAUCGCGGGGGGGGGGGUGUGUGCAGAAAGAGGCGAGGAGUCGUCGCCCUCUUCUCCCCCCCCUCCUCCCGUCACUGCCCCCUUCUCCCUCCCCCGGCCCUGUGUGUGUAGAGUGAGUGCGGAGCGGCAGGCAGGCAGGGCACCAGGGGGCAGAGGGGGUGGGGGUGGGGGGCUAGGGGGAAGAUGCCUAUCCUACUGUUCCUCAUAGACACGUCCGCCUCCAUGAACCAGCGCACUGACCUGGGCACCUCCUAUCUGGACAUUGCCAAAGGCGCUGUGGAGAUAUUUAUGAAGCUGCGUGCCCGGGACCCGGCCAGCCGCGGAGACAGGUACAUGCUGGUCACAUACGAUGAGCCUCCGUACUGCAUCAAGGCUGGUUGGAAGGAGAACCAUGCCAACAUUCAUGAUGAACUGAAAAAUCUGCAGGCUUCAGGACUGACUACACUUGGUCAGGCUCUAAGAUCCUCAUUUGAUUUGUUAAAUCUCAAUAGAUUAGUAUCUGGAAUAGACAAUUAUGGACAGGGAAGGAAUCCAUUUUUUUUAGAACCAUCUAUUUUAAUUACUAUCACAGAUGGAAACAAGUUAACAAAUACUGCUGGUGUUCAAGAAGAGCUUCAUCUUCCCCUCAAUUCUCCUCUGCCUGGAAGUGAGCUAACCAAAGAACCUUUCCGAUGGGAUCAAAGGUUAUUUGCCCUAGUACUACGUUUGCCUGGAGCGGCUUCUGCGGAACCAGAGCAGUUAGGGAGUGUACCCACUGACGAAUCUGCCAUCACACAGAUGUGUGAAGUAACAGGAGGUCGCUCCUAUUGUGUUCGGACACAAAGAAUGUUGAAUCAAUGUUUAGAAUCUCUGGUUCAGAAGUUCAGAGUGGGUGUUGUUAUUAACUUUGAGAAGACGGGACCAGAUCCAGUUCCUUCAGGAGAAGAUGGACUUAUAGAUUCGGGUAGGCCAGUCAGUUCAUUUGCUGUUCAGCCAUGGCAUAGUUGUCAUAAGCUCAUCUAUGUACGGCCUAACCCUAAAACCGGUGUUCCUGUUGGACACUGGCCCAUUCCAGAAUCUUUUUGGCCCGAUCAAAAUUCACCUACACUGCCUCCAAGAACAUCUCAUCCAGUUGUGAGGUUCUCCUGUAUAGAUUGUGAACCAAUGGUUAUUGACAAACUUCCUUUUGACAAAUAUGAACUUGAACCAUCACCCUUAACUCAGUACAUCCUGGAACGGAAGUCUCCCCACACCUGCUGGCAGGUAUUUGUGAGUAGCAGUGGAAAAUACAGUGAACUUGGACAUCCAUUUGGUUAUUUAAAAGCGAGCACUACUUUAACCUGUGUAAACCUCUUUGUGAUGCCUUACAACUACCCUGUCUUACUCCCUCUUUUAGAUGAUUUGUUUAAAGUUCACAAGCUUAAGCCAAAUCUGAAGUGGCGACAGGCUUUCGACAACUACUUAAAAACUAUGCCUCCUUAUUUCUUAUUGCCAUUAAAGAAAGCACUAAGGAUGAUGGGAGCUCCAAAUCUGAUAUCAGAUAAUUUAGAUUGUGGACUUAGUUACAGUGUUAUCUCUUACCUUAAAAAACUCAGCCAACAGACCAAAAUUGAAUCAGAAAGAAUAAUAGCGUCGGUGGGAAAGAAAGCCCCUCAGGAGACUGGAAUUAAAGUGAAAAAUCACUCCACUGGAUUGUCUUUAGUUCAUAGUAAAGAUUUUAAACAGCUACUGCAAGGAAUUACAGGUGAAACUCCACUGAGAUUAACAGAAAUGAACAUUAAAGAGUUUGCUGGUUUCCAAAUAGGACUCUUAAACAAGGAUUUGAAACCUCAGGCAUAUAGGAAUGCUUAUGAUAUUCCUCGUAGCAGUCUUUUAGACCAGUUAACUAGAAUGAGAUCUAAUUUACUGAAAACCCACAAGCUUAUUGUUGGACAAGAUGAAGAUUGCCUUCAUAGUGUACCAGUAGCUCAGAUGGGUAACUAUCAGGAGUAUCUGAAGAUGUUGCCUUCUCCACUUCGAGAGAUUGAUCCAGAUCAACCAAAAAGACUUCAUACUUUUGGCAAUCCCUUUAAACAAGAUAAGAAGGGAAUGAUGAUCGAUGAAGCGGAUGAGUUUGUGACAGGUCCACAGAACAAAAUUAAGCGUCCUGGAGAACCAAAUACUCCAGCCUCAUUGAAAAGAAGGCGGAGCAUGUCCCCUCUGUUAAGAAGACCGCAGACACCCCCUAUAAUAACUAACCACGUUGGAGGAAAAGGACCACCUUCGCCCUCGGGAUCUCCAUCUUAUCCAAACCUCAUAAAGCCCAUCCCAGUACUUAAAGACACCAGUGCAGUUCAAGAUGGUAAUGGAGAGAAGAUAGAAAACUGUCAGUCACAGGAUAAGCAAGUCGAUGGCUUGUCAUCACAGUUGGUUUCAUCGGGUCCUGCAGUUAUUGGGGAAGAUGGAAUUCUACCAAAUGACCUGGACUCUCUGCCUAAUGAAAUGAAUUGUUUAAGUGAAGAUGGACUGGAUCACAAACCUGGUAGCAAUUCACUUGUUAGAGGAUCUGUAAACUACAGUCAUUCACUAGAUGACCAAAAAGUGGUGGUGGAGGAGUCAACUUCUGGAACGGUGCCAAGUGCAUUGAAAAUCACCCAUAGUAUGAUAGAAGGGAAUAAUGCUGAUAUCAAAAUUAAAGUAAUGAAGGAGGUUCGCAAGCCCGGAAGAAAUUAUGAAAAGAUCUUCACUUUGCUCGAGGAAGUACAAGGACCUGUGGAAAUCCAGAAAUACUUCAUCGAAUUUACUAUCAAGGAAGCAGCAAGGUUUAAAAAACGAGUCCUAAUACAACAUCUAGAGAGAAUACUAGAAGAACUAGAUUUCAACAGUCUCCCCAAGAGAGUUAAUCAUGUCAACAGCAGAUAAUAGCGAAUCGCCAGACAAAUACGGACCGGGGAUGAGUUUGCUGUGCUGCAGAAGAGUGGGACAGGGUGUGGCUAGCACCCUCGCUACGCUUGGCGGUCAAGGGACUUCACUGCCAGCCUGAGAAGAAGCAGUGGAGCUUUAACUUUACGAACCACUUGUCAGCAGGAGCUGGGCAAUGGCCGUAUGAAUUUGCUCUGAAAGGUGUGGCUUUUUUGUCUGUGGAGGGUGCUAUUCGUUCAGCACGCUGAAGACAAUAACCAUUGCUGCCCCUCCUACAGGUGAUGAGAGUUUACUCAUUUGAACUUUGUCAUUUUAAGACAUUUCUGGGCCCCAGGCAGCAUGCCACGUUAGAAGUGUGGCCCUGUCUGCACUCUGUGGAAAGACGCUCUGUGUUCAGACUCGAGUGGCGAUAUUGCAUGUUGCCACAGCCAAAUACCAGAGUAAUGUUUCUGAGAACAUAGCCAUGCCUUUAGACUGUGCAAGUUUCAGUGUAGAUUGAAUCAAACAGUAAAGAAACUGCUAUUCUGUAGUCAUGAGAAGUAAAGGCAGCCCUGUGACUGUUUCCUCCUGGUGGUCACUAAACAAUCUACCUCAGACUCUCUUCUGUUUUGUCUACAGACAUUAUGAAAGUGCACCUGAGGCUUCCCAGGUCCCUGACUUCAGUUGUCUUUCAUCCUGUGAGGACGGAGACUCUUCAGGUGGACUUGCACACGCUGUGCUUUGGAAGCACUAAAAGAAUGUUUUUAAAACGUGUAUUUUACAUUUAAUGUUCAUACAAAAGAUUAUUUUGAACAGUAUUGUUAUGAGAUCAUUAAUUUGAUAUUUUAACUGUAAAAAUUUUGGACCAUGUGUACAUACAAAAUAAAAAUUUUAUCAAUUUUUAA